CUGUUCUGACUGCAAGGCAAGAGCAGAGAACAGACUAAAACGGGCCAGCAGAGGGAAAAAAAAACACUGCCCCCGAACUCUAAGAGAGUUAGAAACUGAGACAUCUGCUGAGUUUUGGAGAGAAAGAGACCUGUUGGAAUUUACUGCUGAGAUCCAGCUUUUAUUUUCAUUUAAUUUAAAGGACUUGCAACAAGUCAGACCUGCACAUAACUUUAAAUGAGUUUUGCACUGGAUUUGAUCCCUUUUUAGAUUUUUGUGCGUAAUUUUGGGUACAGUUUUGUGGAAGUUUAAAGACUUUGGGGUUUGUAGUUUUAUAGUGGAAAACCUUUUAAAGGAUUUACUUGCUUCCUCGUAGAGACUUUAUUAUCAAUUUCUAUUUCCACUUGUCGGAUUUCAGUUAUAUGAUGUCGUUUUUACACAUUUCCAUUGGCUUAAUCGCCGCUCUGUGCGUCGGCACGGCGCGCAGCGCCUGGGAGGAGAGCACAGUGGUGCCGGUCAGAAUAGACCCAACGGCCCGGUGGGAGAGCGAAUCCGAACCGUGGCGGACUCUCUCCGCAGAGGAGAAGGAGAAGGAGGCGGAGAUGAGGGUGUACCGGUUGGACGUAUUUGGCAAGGAGCUGAUCUUGCAACUAGAGCCUGACCAGACCUUCUUGGCGCCGGGUUUUGUCUUUCACAUUGUGGGGAGUCCCGAGUCCGAACCGACACAGGAACCCAAGACCGGAGCCGAGCCGGGUUGCUUCUUCUCAGGCACUGUGAACGGAGAGGAGCACUCUGCCGCUGCGCUCAACCUGUGUCACGGACUCAGGGGCGGAUUCUACUUUCAGGGUGAAGAGUAUUUUAUUCAGCCCCUCAACUCGAGUGACUUUGUGGGCACCGAGGACGAUGUCCACGCCAUCCGCCGGAGAGGUCGGGCAGCUUUGGCUGAGGAGGGGAGCUCCAAGUGCGGGGUCAACGAGGACGAGGAGAGGGUGCCAAAGAAUCUGGAGAAAGAAACCAGUCACGGAGGCGCUAACGCAGACCAGACAGCCCACCACAGGAACAGGCGUUUUGUCUCUACCCCUCGCUACCUGGAGAUCAUGCUGGUGGCCGACCAGUCCAUGGCUGAGUUCCACGGUGCCGGGCUCAAACCCUACCUACUGACCAUCAUGGCUGUGACAUCCCGCCUCUACCGCCACCCCAGCAUCCACAACUCCAUUAGCCUGGCUGUAGUGAAGCUGCUGGUGGUGUAUGAGGAAGAGAAAGGCCCUCAGGUGUCAUCUAACGCCGCCAUGACCCUCCGUAACUUCUGCCAGUGGCAGCAGCAACACAACCCACCCAGUGACCGCCACCCUGAGCAUUAUGACACCGCUGUGCUCUUCACCAGGACGGACCUGUGCGGUGCCCACUCUUGUGACACUCUUGGCAUGGCAGAUGUUGGCACAGUGUGUGACCCUGAAAGAAGUUGCUCGAUUAUUGAGGAUGAUGGACUGCAAGCAGCAUUUACUGUGGCACAUGAACUGGGCCAUGUCUUCAAUAUGCCUCAUGAUGAUGCCCAGCUGUGCUCUGGAGUCAACGGUGCCCACUGGGGCUCCCACAUGAUGGCCUCCACCCUAUCCAACCUGGACCAGCAGCAGCCAUGGUCCCCCUGCUCCGCACUCAUGGUCACCACCUUCCUGGAUAAUGACCAUGGUCAGUGCUUGUUGGAUAAACCUGUCAAACCUCAGCCGCUGCCCCAGCCCCUUCCCGGGACGGUCUACAACGCCGACCAUCAGUGCAGGUUGACCUUCGGCGAAGACUCCCAGCACUGCCCUGAUCUGAGUACCACUUGCGCAGCUCUGUGGUGCACUGUGACUACGUCCAGUGGUUUGCUGGUAUGCCAGACGAAGAACUUCCCCUGGGCUGAUGGAACGUCAUGUGGGCAUGACAGCUACUGCCUGGCUGGACAAUGUCUCACUAAGACCCAAGCUGCCAAACACCAGACUCCUGUCAAUGGUGGCUGGGGAGUGUGGGGUCCCUGGGGUGACUGCUCUCGGACCUGCGGUGGAGGUGUGCAGUACUCCUUCCGUUCCUGUGACAACCCUUUGCCCAAGAACGGGGGCAAGUACUGUGAGGGCAAGAGGAUCCAGUACCGCUCCUGUAACACUGAAACCUGCCCUGAUACCAAUGGCCUGUCGUUCCGUGAGGAACAGUGCCUGGCCCACAACGACAUGUCAGCCCAAGUGUCGCUGGGUUCAGGCGAGGGUGUCGAGUGGGUGCCCAAGUAUGCUGGAGUUUCACCCAAAGACCGCUGCAAGCUGGUGUGCAGGGCCAAGGGCACUGGAUACUUCUUUGUCCUCAAAUCCAAGGUGGCUGAUGGCACACCCUGCAGCCCAGACUCCACAUCAGUUUGUGUUCAAGGCCAGUGUGUCAAGGCUGGAUGUGAUCGUGUCAUUGGUUCUAACCGGCGCUUUGAUAAAUGCGGCGUGUGCGGUGGAGACGGCUCUACCUGCAAGAAAGUGUCUGGCUCUCUGGAGCGUGCCAGGCCUGGUUACCAGGAUGUUGUAACUAUCCCUGCUGGCGCCACCCACCUGGAUGUCAAGCAACGUGCCCCAGGCAAUGGUCGUCACGAUAACAGCUACUUGGCAGUGCGUCGCCAGGAUGGAACCUAUCUGUUAAAUGGCGAUUACAAGCUGAUGACCAUGGAGACCGACAUCGCCUUGCAAGGGGCACUGUUGCGGUACAGCGGCUCCUCUGCCACGCUUGAGCGCAUCCGGAGCUUCGCCCCACUCCCAGAGUCACUCACCAUCCAAGUGUUGUCUGUGGGAGAAGCCCCAAGGCCCCGGGUUAAGUACAGCUACUUUGCACCAAGACCUGCUUCAGUCUCCGGCAACGGAGGCCGCCGCCAGUCUAUCAAUGCCAUCCGAGAGGUGGGCGGAGCUGAGUGGACCUUGAGGGAGUGGGGUCCAUGCUCCCAGACCUGUGGCGGAGGUAUGCAGCAGAGAGAGGUGGUGUGUCUAGAUCCCCAGGGUCAUCCCUCAAGAGAUUGCCCAGAGGAGCUUCGUCCCAUAGCCUCGCGGUCCUGCGCAACCCUGCCCUGUCCAUCUUGGCUUCUGGGUGAAUGGUCGGUAUGCUCCAAGACCUGCGGCCGAGGCUUCCGCAAACGCCAACUGCGCUGCAUCGGCCAUGACGGGCGCACAUUAACCCAUGACAGCUGUGACACCAAAGACCGGCCGCGACCCCUGCUGGAACUGUGCAAUCAGGGUCCCUGUUAAAGACCCUUUCCACAAUCUAACCUCCUUUCAAACAGCCAGCUUUUAGAAAGACAUCAGAUUAAGACUCUGAUCUUCACUGCCUCCUUCUUCCCACAGAGGCCGUUGAAUGUUUACGUCCAGAGAAAGAGUGCUGCAGGUUUUCAUGGGUUCCAGGUAGUCUAACUUGUCUAUGGGUCCACAGUGACUGUGACUGUAAAGACUGGUUUUCACCCAGUCCCUCCAUCUACUUGCAGCAAGAAGGACUGAUUGCAGCUUGCUGCCUGUCUGGCUUCAGCGCAGCAGUGGCACAUUUUGUCUCCC